AAAAAAAGCCAUUUUCUGGCGCUGCUGCAAAUUGUAUCCGAGUGCUACGAACCUCGCUGGGAGGAGAAGGAAGAGUCCGAUGUCAAAUCAGAUCAACCCACAUAGACAAAAUGCAGCCCAAUAAGAUUAAAAUCACAGAUCUGAAUUCACAUCUGACUUGUCCACUGUGCGCCGGUUACUUGGUUGAUGCCACGACCAUUGUAGAAUGCCUCCACUCCUUUUGUAAAACAUGCAUCGUUGCCUUUUUGGAGACAAACAAGUUCUGCCCUCGAUGUGACGUCCAGGUUCACAAGACAUGUCCACAGCUCAGCAUCAGAGCGGACAAAACUCUACAAGACAUAGUAUAUAAGCUCGUUCCGGGGUUAUUCAAAGAUGAGAUGAAACGGAGGAGAGAUUUCUACUCAGAGAAUCGUGUUCUGGAACCAGGGGAAGUGGUGGAGACGUUUAACAUUGCCGAAGAUGAAAUCAUCAGUCUGUCGAUACAGUUCUAUGAGAGAAACAAAACUAAUGAGAGGCAGCGUGCAGAGGUGGAUGGAGACAAGGCCAACGGUAAACGCUUCCUGCAGUGCCCUGCAGCCAUGUCCGUCAUGCACUUAGCAAAGUUCCUCAGAAGUAAGAUGGAUAUACCCAGCAACUAUAGGGUAGAGGUGUUGUAUGGCGAUGAACCUCUAAAAGACUACUACACACUAAUGGAUAUUGCCUACUUCUAUGAGUGGAGACGGACGGGACCCAUUCCCCUGCAGUACCUGGUCAAACCCACAAGGAAGCGUAGGAGGCCAUCCCAGUCUGCAGUCCAGGGCCACUCUGAUGGUGUCAACACCAGCCCGACCUCAGAGAGCGACUCACAAAGCGACAAAGUCCACAGUCCGGCUUCGGCCCAGAUACCCCGAGCCUCCACACAAUCCAGCCCUGCGCCUCACCUUUCUCCCGCCAUCCAGAACUCCAAUGGUACCACUGUGCCCAACAACACUCAGCGACACGUGCUCUCCUCCAAACAGGGAGCCUCCGCUCGGAAGGUGACCGUCAACGGCACAAGCUCGGCACCCUGCAAAGAGGAGGCCAGGGGAGUGGAAAAAAGCGGUUUGCCUCCUACGACCUAAUAUCUGUGCAUAACAACAGGGAGGACAGUGUUUGGAUUGCUCCCUUCUUUCGACAGAGCAAAAAUACUAACUGGAGCCUUCUUUUGGACUUAAGAGACAGUUUUCAUAUUUCACCAUGACAGACUGAAGUGUGCAGCCAAAUGUGUGUGAGUGUGUGUGUGCGCUAGACCAGAACAGUGCACACAUACGAACUGUACAGUAUGUAUCGAGCGUGAGCAUGUGUGCGUACAUAUGUAUAAACUUAUCUUUUAUACAAGACGUAAUCAUUUUGUAUUGUAUAUGCAGUGGUUGUUUCAUUUCCACCGUUCAAUUCGUACUUUAUCUUCUGUAAAAUUUAAAUGCAGGAGCGCGUUGCAGUGAUAGUGAAAAUCACUGCAACAUUUCCAUACAACAGGUAAGAGCAAUUCUUGCCUUGUCAUUUAAUAACUGCUGUAGAAGGGCCCAGUAUAAGCAAGGACUCAUCCGGUAACACACGUUCAUGACAAAAACUGUCGAUGCACUUUCCAUUUUUCUGACCACAGUUAAAACCAACAAGUAUUUGCCACCAUGAGACGCUUUCACACUUUUCUAAGCACUCGCCUGUGUGUGUGUGUGUGUCAGACAACUGUACUUUUGUCGUAAAUGUCUGUAAGAACUCAAAAGGGAUUUGAAUACACGGCCAUGUAUGGUGUUUCAUAAAAUUCAGCAUUCCUCGUUUCCGUUCCAACAAAAAAAAAAAACAAUGCUUUAAAAAAAAUAAAAUCAGCCAUGUGCAUGCUUUAGGUCAAUAAAAUGUUUACUUUCUAGGUUUUUUGAACAAAGUGUCCCAAUUAAUCAUUUCCUGAGAACAUCAGGAGGUUGUGAAGCAUACUGUGAAAUAAAGUUCAAUGCUGGCA